GCAGUCUUGGAAUGCAUGUGAAGACGGAAAAGUCGGAUUUGCAACCAAGUAGUAUCUCCGCACUUUUACCAUCAAAGCGCCCGCUUAUCUCCCGUUGAAUUCAAACAUCAAUAUGCAGCCAGAUUCAGAUUCAGUUCUUGUGAGUUCUACAAGUGACGGAAUUACUACUAUCAAAAUCAACAGACCUCAUCGAAGGAACGCCGUCGACCCAACUACCGCAAACAUUCUCUAUGAGAAAAUCCUAGCCUUCGAAAACGACCCCUCACAGAAAGUAUGUAUACUCACUGGGAUGGGCGAUACAUUCUGUGCUGGUGCCGAUCUUCAUGAAGUAGCUGGACAAGAUAGUCGCGACGCUAUCGGCAACGAAACAAAAGAACGACGUAGUCACUUUCAAGCGCCACCGGAAUCUGGCGAACAAUCUCUAGGCCCGAUGGGCCCAUCACGACUGCAGGUCCAGAAGCCUAUCAUCGGUGCUGUCUCCGGAUAUGCAGUGGCAGGUGGGUUGGAAUUAAGCCUACUCUGCGAUAUCCGCGUGGUGGAAGAGGAUGCCGUGUUCGGGGUCUUCUGCAGACGAUGGGGGGUACCACUUAUCGACGGAGGCACAGUUCGUCUCCAGGCAGUUGUUGGAUUGGGAAGGGCACUUGAUAUGAUUUUGACUGGACGUCCAGUCAGUGCGACCGAGGCCUUGUCUAUGGGGUUAGCAAAUCGUGUUGUGCCAAAGGGGAAAGCUAUGGAAGAGGCCGCAGCUAUUGCGAAGCAAUUGCUUUCGUUUCCGCAGCUUUGUAUGAAUGCGGACCGGGACUCGUGCUACUAUAGUGCGUACCAGGCUAGCUCGUUUCAGGAUGCACUGAGGUAUGAGUAUGAGAAGGGCGUGAAAGUUUUGGACCUUGAAAGCAUCAAAGGAGCUGCUCGAUUUAGUCGCGGCGCAGGGAGGCAUGGAAGUUUUAAGAAUGGUUCACGUCUUUAAGUUCAUUCGGGAAUUGCGCAUAUUCCUUGGACUAAUGGCCCAUACCAAGUGUCGGGACAGGCGAUCGGGGUUUUUUGUUACAGUCAGCAUGAAUAUUCUUCAAAAGACUCGCGAAACCAUUCGGAUAUAGCUUCUGUUAGGGCAGAGAAUAUCCUUCUUUCAGAAGCUCAGAUAUAUGCAGAAUUCCGAAGCUGGGUUUAUUUGAGAGAGCUU